GGGAAAAGUGAGAGACCUCUCGGAUCGCGACGCGGAGCUCGGCGACGUAGUGGAAGAGGAGGAGCGGGGGAGAGCGCGGCGACAGGGAUCGGCCGCGGCGAUGUCGCACGAGAGGGGUACCUCCUCCUCCGCCGCCCCCACCGCCGAAGACAACAACCUUUUUAUCGACAUAUUACAGGAAGCACCACUGUCUGGUCAUCGGCAGCCAAGGAGCAUACUUGGUGGUGCUUUAUAUUGUCUCCUAUUGGCAGGUUAUGCUGUUGUGGCUGCUGCAGCUCCAUGGAUAUUCUUCCUUAUACCCAAUUUGAUCCCAAUGUUGCUUUGCAGUGCUAAUGCGCUUCUAUUGAUAUUAACAGGUGUAUUUCAGCAAUAUUGGGUCUACCAGGUCAGAAAAGUGCGGUUGCAGGGUUACUACUCUUUUAGCCAGAGAUUGAAGCACAGUGCACGCCUUCCAUUUGCCAUUAUUGCUUAUGGAACUGCAUUGAUGUUACUUGUCCUAGUCUGGCAGCCUUAUAUCAGAAUAUUGUCGAUCACAAUUUUGCUAAGGACUAUUAUGGUUGUUGAAGCUGUCUGCGCUGGAUGUUUCAUGGGUUUAUAUAUUGGGUGUAUCUAUAAGUACAAUGCUCUGAAUGGUCAACCUGAUGUCUUAAAGUCACUAUAUUCUGCAUUACAGCCAUCUAGCUCACUGGAGGAUCUGAGAUAUUAUGAUGGUGGCCAUCUAUCUGAUCAACAAAUGGCUUUGCUGCAAUACCAAAGGGAAAACCUUCAUUAUCUGAGUGAGGAGGUUCUGCGUUUGCAAGAAUCCUUAAGCAAGUACCAACGAACUGAUGAUGGAAGCACCCCUCAGGUUGACCUUGCUCAUCUUUUAGCAUCACGUGAUCAAGAACUUCGAGCACUGUCUGCUGAGAUGAAUCAAGUACAAUCGGAGUUACGCCUUGCUCGAAGUUUGAUUGCUGAGAAGGACUCGGAGAUUCAGCGCAUUACCGGGACAAACAACCAGGUAUAUUAUCAAUAUGUGGAAGAGAACGAAAGGCUUAGAGCUAUUCUUGGAGAGUGGAGUGCUAGAGCAGCAAAGCUCGAACGGGCGCUGGAUGUUGAACGUCUGUCAAACAUGGAACUGCAAAAGACUAUAACAAAGCUAAGGAGCCUACCAUCUGCAGAGCGUCAAGUUUGAUUGCCAGAAUCUUAGCCGACUGUAAAUUUCCCUAGAAUCAACCAGGUAAUAUACUCGAGCAAUACCUCUUUAUCUUGGAGUCGCAUUUUGAAAAAGCAGAUGGUUAAACAAGGAACAAAUGCUUGUUCAAUUAUCUAGAUUGUGGCACAGAAGUAUCCCUUUGGUUUCUGUUUGUAAAUUGAUGGAUCUUGAAUUUUGUAAUUUGUUGUUGUUGAAGCACUGAAUCGGAUAAUGGGGAUUUUCAAUUCUUAUAGA